AUGGCGGAGAAGGUGAUUGUUGUGAGCAUAAGGGAGUCCGCGGUGGUCAGGCCAGCUGAGGAACCAAGUGCAAGUAGUGACCUCAACUUCUUUAACUCGGGACUUCUCAAUCAGGCGCUCAGCAAAGCCCUCGUGCCCUUCUACCCAAUGGCCGGUUGCUUCAAGCUCAACCACCACAACGGCCGUCUGGAGAUUGAUUGCAAUUUACAAGGGGUGCUCUUUGUUGUGGCGGAGAGCAACUGUGCCUUGGAUGAUUUUGGCGAUUUUGCGCCCCCUUCCGAUUUUCGUACCCUCAUCCCCGCCUUUGAUUACUCCGGUGGGAUAUCCUCAUAUCCCAUAUUGGUGUUACAGGUACAGGUGACGCACUUUCAAUGUGGUGGAGUGUCACUUGGUGUUGGCAUGGACCACCGUAUAGCAGAUGGAGUUUCCAAUAUGCAUUUUGUAAAUACAUGGUCUGAUAUCGCUCGUGGUGAUCUCACAAAUAUUACUCAACCCUUCAUGGACAGGACGUUACUUGGUGCCCGAAACCCACCUCAGCCAGCCUACAUUCCCCCGCAUUGA